AUGGCACUGCCAGCAGCAACUGCGCGGCGAUGCCGUGCAGCAGUGGCUGCUUAUGUGCGGGACGGACAUUGGGCUGGAGCCCUGUGGGUUCUCCGCCGGGCCCUGCACGCCGAAAAAGUCCACCUGGAUGCUGCGAUGUUCGAGAUGGUGAUGCUGAGCUGUUCGCGCUCUUCUCAAUGGGCUCGAACCAUAUCCCUCCUCGACGACAUGCAGCACCAUUUCGUCGAGAUGACGUCUCGUGCAUUUGUUGCGGCAAUUGCGGCGGCAGAGCGCUGUGGUCGAUGGGAGCCGGCCCUCGUACUACUCCAGGAUGCCGAAAGACUGGGCCGCGCAGGCUCGCCCUGCUACAGCGCUGCAGCAGCAGCUUGUGGCCGCCAGUCGAUGUGGCAGAGGGCAAUCGGCGUGCUUCUUCGUGCAAUCUCCAGGGGUCUUGAUGUUGAUGUGCCUGCCUACAAUGCCGUGAUUCAAGCGGCUGCCAGCUCUGCUGUGUGGGAGCAUGCCAUCCAUUGGUUCCGAGAGUUGCUGCAGAUCAAAACGAAGAGGAGCCAUUUGAGCUUCGCGAUCGCCUGUUCGGGUCUUUGUGCAGGAGGCAAGUGGCAGCAGGCGCUGGAGGUCUUUGCGGCAGCUCGCCGGGUUUGGCGAGGCGAUGCACAACGCUGCGUGGUGGCGUGGCUAAGUUUGGUGGACAAUUGUGAGGAGUCUCAACAAUCACCUGUCCUGCAGCAUUGCCUCCAAACCGGGCUGCGAAUGUCAAGGAGUUUGUCAACGAUGUGGCCACAAACCGUGGAGACAAAGCAACAGGCAGUGCUGACGAGCUUGCGGCUUAGUUCGCUUGGAGGUUAUGGUUCCACUCACACCUCUUCCCUGCCUAGCCGUCAGAUUGUUUCUCCAGCUCUUCGCACGCUGCAGGAGUUUACGAGAUUCGAUGCACCGCCGGCUCUUGGAAGCCGUGCGGUACGCGAGCUGGCGGCAUGCAGGGGCAUCCGUGGAGACGGCGUGCAUGCCCUACGACAGAGGUUGCACCAUGAGGUGGGAGCAUCCCGUUGGGUGGACGCUGUCUCCCUGGCAGAGAUGAUUCAUGUCCGGAAGGUAUGGACACAGGAUGUUCUCGCAGCGGUUUCAUAUCGCAUCAAAGGCUCGGGAGCAGCGCUUUGCUGCAUCAUUGAGUUUGUUCCUAGUGCCGAGCGGACAAAACGGGCUUGGGACUCCACACACUACACUGCCCUAUCAAGCAGUAAUACACAUCGGAUUGCUUCCCCCACUGCGGUGUCGCACACGGCCUUGGACACGCAGGUGCCCAAGUCAAGUGUGGCAGCCAUGGACGGGGACCAGCUAACAGCGAUGAACAUGGAGUGGAAGGUGCUCAAGGAGCGAUUCUUCGCAGGGGAGCCCGUGGACCCUGUCUUUGAAGGAAUCGUGAAGGACUUCGUCUCCUUCGACUUGACCCUCCAGGACAUCUUCAAGAAGGUCGAAACCUUCAUGAGAGGCAUAGACAGUCUGGCAGAGGGCCUUGUGGUCCUCGCGGAGAGUGUGACCACAGGCCUGGCUUCCGUGGACGACUCGCUCAUCAAAGCUGACUGCUGCAAGAUGAAAGAGGCCACAAAUGCCAUCACACGUGCAGAUGCUCCUCACAGCGCUUUGGCGAAGCUUCGAAGAGACAUGGACUUCAACAUCAUGAACCCUUUGCGGUGUCAUGUCGUCAACAACCGCAACAUGAAGACCUACUUGGACAAGCGAAGGCGCCGGCUGCUGGAGUACAACAUCGCAAAGCGAGAGAUGGAUGACUGUGUCAAGAAGAACUUGCACCAGACCGACCGUCGAUAUCUGGCGGCACAGUCGCAGCUUGAAUCGACCAAGUUGGCAUUCCACGAGGUGGACAGGCACAUUUUCGAGUGGCUUUAUAUCAUGGAGGAGUACAAGGGAGACAUUCUGGACUCCUGCCUCCAGACCUUGAAGUACUUGCAGUACGAGUUCUUCGCUACGUCAGCUCACUCCAUCUCAGGUGUUCUUCCUGCGCGAAUGGAGUUUCGACCGAUGGUCGAGAUGACUCCAGAGCAUCUGGAAGCGCAGGUAGAGAUGGCCAUUCAAGAGGCCGAAGAAAAUCCCGAGGAGGAUGUCGUGACAGACUUCUCUGCGCGGCUGAUAGAGAAGUUGGCCAAGGAUAACAAGAACAAGCCAGCCGAGGGUUUGGACUCCUGUGCAGAUGAAGGACCCUCGGUGCCCGUUGACCCGCUGAGUCUUUCAUCGCUCCUAUCACAAGGAUUCGAAGAAGGUCCUGCCCGGCAGGCUCUGAGGAAGUUCAAGAACGACACUCAGGCUGCUCUAGACUUCCUCAUUGGCGGCGGAGACCAUGCUGAGGAGGAGCCAGACGAGCAAGUUCGGAUGCCAACGACAGUGCGGCGAGUACAGAGGUUGAAAGAAAGGCGGAAAGCUCAGCAGGCUAAGCGACAAAAGGAAGAGGAGGAGAGAAAGGCCAAGGAAGAAGGCCGCAGGACGGACAGACAAGAAGAGUCCAAGCCAUCGACUCCGCCGAAGAAAGAGCCACCGAAGCCUGAGCCGCAAGCUGUAGAUCUUUUAGACUUCAACAAUGCUGAAGAGCGCAAGGCCACCGGGCGAGGAGCGUCGUCCGGGGGUGCCUCCGAUCUACUUGACCUGGACCUUGCGGGUUCGCCAGCGGCUCCCAAGGGAGGAGGCAAUGACUUGUUGGACCUGGCUGGCCUGGAUGAGCCUCCUCCACCCACCGAUUUCUCGAAACAGAUCGAAACCGUUCCUCUUCCGGAGCAAAUCACCCUGGACUUGUCGAAGUGUGAGAAAGGCCCUCUGGGACCACCUUCUCAGUCAAGCGGCGGCUAUUUGGGUGACCUUGGAUUGCAGGGGAUGGUGCCUUGCUGCCUCGACUUGAGGCCAAAAGAUGCCAUGCCCAAAGAUGAGGAGGAGGACGACGAUGAGGAGGAGAACUUGGCGCCUGAAGACGGUGCCGGCGACGCAAAGCAGAAGAAGAAGCCCCGAAAGAAGAAAAAGAAGAAAAGCAAGCCCCAGGACGGCGACGAAGUGUUCGAGGACAUCUGUGCAGAUCCCCGGAACGGAUUGUACUGGCCAGCCCCAGAGGCCGUUCCAGUGGGUGAUAGCCCUCCAGGGAAGGACGAGGAGUGGAUCGACAUCACGACGCUGUGCGACAUGGCAGUCAACGGAAUGAAUGUUGGCGAGAUGGUGGAGAGCUCCACCUUCCGCCUCUACGACGCUAUGUCUGCCAUCGAGAUCAUGGAUCCGAAGAUGGAUACCGGCUUCCGAAGCAACGAGGACAUGAGCUUGGAGAAAGCACUCGCUUCCGGCCUCGUUGGCAAGGUAUUGGAAGAGAAGGUGCUGGCUGGCGUCAUUGACCACUUGCUGAUGUACUACUUGCUCUGGCUGGAUGGGCACACCAUUAUUCAGACAUGCUUCUCAUGCCUUUACUUGCAGGACCCAAAGCGGCUCCUGGCCCCCUUGCCGGAACUUGCAUCCUUCGUGGAUGCACUCCUGAUCGUGUGCCAACAUGCGCAGAAUGCGGUGACGGCCGCCGGGGUUUUUGACGACGAGGACUUCGUCCCUACGAUGUUUGGAGUUGACCUGCAGGCCUGCGUCUUCAGCAGUGACCCGCAGAAGGUCUCCAGCCGUCUGCGCAAAGAGUGCGACAGGCUACGCGCCGAAAAAGGCGACCUGGUGGCUUGCCGUUUAGAGUUCAUGGAGCAAUAUAUGUUGGCAGUGGUCAGCUUGACUGGCCCGAGCAAAGGUGAAGCCGCGACGGCUCACCUGGUCAAGUCUUUGCAGCUAUUGCAGAGGAUGGAAGCCAAUGCGGAGCCCCCGAGUGAUGACGUUCUCCAGAGGUUCGACGCAUCCACCAACAGGAAGUUGCUUGUACCUGGUCCGCCACGUACCGUGGAGCCCAUCAAGGAUCCCAAAGUUGCUUUCAAGAUGUGGACUUGCCACGUGCAAGAGCUGACUGCUUGCACUUCACUCUUAGACAGGUCGUUGAAUCAGCUGCUACAAGGUGUGGUCGUGCACAAGGACGAAUCGCCGAAUGUGCUUGUCCGCUCUAUAGCCCAGCUGACCGUCGCGGCUCCCGGCUUCGUUCGAAGGUUGCUUCUGGAGUCCCUAGAGACGCACCUGUUUCCGCCAGAGGCUCUGCAGCACUGCAAGCGACUGGCAGAUCCGUUCAUCAAUCGUUGCGAGUCCAUGUUCUUGCAUCUCAUGAAGCUCGCUCACUUGAACACCACCCGACGCUUCAGACGGUUGGCACAUGUGUUUCCGGACUUCAACGAACUUCAGCAUGAGGCCUGGCGCUUGGACGAGGCCUUGAAAGCGACCUUUGCCGCGAACCUUCGGUACAACCGGCCGUCGUGGGCUUGGAUCCAGGAGUUCACCUUGCAAGCGAUGGUUUCCAAGCUCCUGCUGGGUUUCCAACUGGAGCUGUACGAUGAGGCAGAGUUUCAUAUGAUCUACUGGUAUGUGGAUUAUUUGCUUGGCCUGCGCAUCUACAACCUCAACGAAGUCUUCCAUUCAAAGGAAGCCACUGCAGGAGGUGGCAAGAAGAAGUCCCAUCCACGGCCCAAGGAUGCGUUGGGGAAGCUGAAGCCGAGGAAUCCUCCGACGAGCUUGCUGUUGCUCGAAGCGACGCAAAGCCUGGUGCGUGGGCUGUUCAGAGCUUUGGCCUUCUGCUGCCACGGGCUUCUGUCCAGCCCUCCAGCAGUGGAAGCUGGCUUGUGCCAGCGCUUCGUUUUGAGGUUCAGAAGCCUUGAGCAAUUCCGCUUGCCGCAUCUGCCGUCCUUCGAGGACUUCAAGCAGUCGGCCGUCCUUGCCCAGGACUCCACGGAAAGGCGCUCCGUGCUCCAAGCCUCACAAAACUCACUCUUGGAGGCCACGCAGCUCUUGGACAGGGUCCAGCCAACCCUGAAGGAGGAGAGCGCCGAGUGUGCCGCACUGGCGCAGUCAUUGCGUCGUGUGGUCGUGGCCAACCAGCUAGGAGUCACCCAGCUGCUGCGGUGCCUGGACUCUGGAGCAGAGGAGUUGGCGCACAAGAGAGUCACAGCCGAGCUCGUCCAUCACAAGCAGUUCGUGUCUCUCCAGGUCGUCGACAAGUGA